UCUCGAUGUCAUGGUGUUGCCAUCAUCGCACCGCCUACGCGGCCUGCUCUCGAUUUCGGAGUGAAAUCGAGAGGCGGAACAGUUGGGAGUUGUCGAGCUUGGGAAGAGACGGCGGGGCGGGCGGUCGAUCGAUCGAUCGAUGUGGGUUUCGAAUUGGGUGGAGGGUGGGAUCAGGAGCUUCAUCGGCAGUGCAACGGGCGGCGGCGGCGGGUGGAUCUGGUCCAGCGUAGACGGGAAAGCGGGGUGGUGGCAUGAGGGCCUAGUCAUCUACGGCGUGACGGCCAUGGCCGGACUCGCCCUUGCCGCCACACUCGUCAUCUCGACGCGGAGAGGCAGUCUUAGGUCACCAUGGUCUCGGAGGAUAGGGAAACAUCCCCUUACUAGGCACCAAUGGAACAAUUUCUUCACCUUUGAUGGAAAGCUUCGUGAUGGCGGAAUUAAGUUCUUAAAGAAAGUUCGGACUGCAGGAGUUGAGCCAAGCAUCAGGCCUGAAGUCUGGCCUUUCCUUCUUGGAGUCUAUGACCUGCGGAGUUCAAGGGCUGAAAGAAAUGUCAUUCAAGCACAAAAGAGGAAGAUAUAUGAAAAACUGAGACGCCGAUGUUGGCAAUUGGUAAAUCAUGGUGAUGAAAACAGCAAUGGACAAGAAAGCCCAUUCAGUGGCACUUUAGAUCACAUAGCGCCCAAGGAAUCAAGUACACCUGACCAUGUUAUUGUGGAAGAUGACGAAAAUAGUAUUGCAGAUGAUACAGAAUCUUCUUUCAGUGAAUCCUCCAUUGAUGAAGAACCUGACAGCAUUAGAAUAUCCUCCGCUUCCACAAGACUCGGUGAAGUUGAUCCUGAACUUACCAAGAUUGCUUCCUCCACAGGAGAGAUCCCCAAACCUCCUCAAAGAGAUGAGAAUUUCACAACAUGGCAACGCAUCAUGCGACUGGAUGCUAUUCGAGCCAAUGACGAGUGGAGAAAUUACAAUCCGUCCCAAGCUGAAGUCUCAAGAGACAAUGCCGUCAAGUUUGCUACCUGUGUCGGUUUGAAAGACUACGAGCACUUGGAGCCAUGCAGGAUUUACCAUGCUGCACGUCUGGUCGCGAUACUGGAAGCCUAUGCACUCCAUGAUCCUGAAAUUGGCUAUUGCCAAGGAAUGAGUGACCUUCUGUCUCCCAUACUCGCUGUCAUAGAGGAUGAUCAUGAAGCUUUUUGGUGCUUCGUUGGAUUUAUGCAGAAAGCUAGGCAUAACUUCCGACUUGACGAGGUUGGCAUCAGGAGACAACUAAGCAUCGUCUCCAAGAUCAUUAAGUCGAAGGAUUCUGAUCUCUAUAGGCACCUGGAGAAGCUUCAAGCUGAGGAUUGCUUCUUUGUGUACAGAAUGGUUGUGGUCGUCUUCCGCAGAGAGCUAACCUUUGAACAGACCCUCUGCUUGUGGGAGGUUAUGUGGGCAGAUCAGUCAGCAAUACGGGCCAGGAUAGGGAAAUCUGUAUGGGGAAGAAUCAGGUUAAGAGCACCACCCACUGAUGACUUGUUGCUCUAUGCCAUCGCAGCGGCAGUCCUGCAGAGGAGGAAGAUGAUCAUAGAGAAGUACAGCAGUAUGGAAGACAUUCUCAGAGAGUGCAACAGCAUGGCAGGGCAGCUUGAUAUCUGGAAGCUUUUGGACGAUGCACACUACUUGGUCGUGAACCUCCAUGAUAAAAUUGAAUGAUCGCUAUGUCGUUCCUCCGGGCUAUGAUUUGUACCACCUUCGUAGUUUAAGCCACUAUUUUUAUGGUUGAACUCCACAUCAUCUAUCGACUAUGAGAGUCCAUCACAAUUAUAGGUUCUGGUUUCAAAGAAGACAAUUCUUGUUUUAUACCUCGAUAUAGGACUGUUAAUGAGCCGAGCCGAGCUUUGGAGUGUUCAAGUUUGUUUGAUAAGGUAAUCAAGUCGAGCUGAACUUAAAAUGAAUCAAGCUUUUGAAAUGAUUGUUCAAGGUUGGCUUGAUUUAUUUUUUUUA